AGGAAAGUGGCUUGAAGGAUGUAACUUCUCCAUACAGAAGGUUUAUGAACUCACAGAGAAGAAUGCAUGGACCCAUACAGCAGGAAACUCAGUUGAAAAAUAGGAUGGAUGUCAGUAGCAAUUUUCAUAGAGAUCGAAAUCGGUCUAUUGGGAAAGCCAUUAAAAUAACUGAAAGUUUUAAGACAAACAGAGGAUCUAAGUUUCCAGAGCCCCAAAAAUAUUCUAAACCUACAAUAUUUGACCCUGAGAAGGCCGAGCUAGUCAAGCAAGGAUAUAGAGAAGGACAGAAGGAUAACCCGAAUAAAAUCAUCAACAAUAAUACACAGUUCAGGAUUUUUAAUGAAAUUAGUCCUAAAGAUAAGAAUAUAGCACCUCUUGAAAAUAUGAAUGAUAAUCCGAAUAAAUGGAAACCAAAGAUGACUUAUUAUUUGAGAGAGAAUCAAGGAGAUAUCACACAGACAAAGAAAAAUAAUUCGGGAAAGGAUUUUAGCCCCUCUGGAAUAAGAGAUCGAUCGAGAGAUGCAAGGAUUGCUAAUUCUAAGCGCAAGCUUCAAAAUUAUAUGAACUUAGUCAACACCGAUCUUCGAAAGAUGAACAAGAAAUACCAAGAAAGGAUGGUAUCAAGAUCAGCAAUGACAAAAUUACCUGAGCAUACCCAGGAAUCUUAUGCCGUAAGAGAAAUGGCAAGGAAUGGACCAACAAAUAAAACCGUUAUGAACAUUAAUAAGUUUUACCAGUCUUCGAAUACUGAUAAUUUUCAUAAGAACAAAUACUCUGUGCCUUCUUAUCCAGUGCUAGACAUCCAGCAGAAGAAAGUUAUUAACAAGGAGUGUAAUAUAGAUGCCCGUAGGUCUAGGAGAAGCAACACUCUAGAUCAAGAGGUGCAUCAAAGAAGGUCUAACGAUAACUAUCAAAAAGAGGUAGUAUCUCCAUCAAAUCCUCAUCCUCAGAAAUUUCAAAGGAAUGUCUCUAAGUUACAACUUAACGAUCAUAACAACUUUGAUAAAGUUGGGAGUGUGACUUACAGGGAUAACAACUCAAAGGCUGUAUAUCCUCUAAACCAGAAUACAAAUGUCAACAAGCAGAUUUCAAGUUUCUUUGAGCGGAAUAAGAAGUCGAUGAAGAGCAAAUACCCUGCGGUUUCUCCAGUGUUCAAGCCUGCCAUUCCUACCAAAGUAGAUAUCGAGAAGAACCCUUUGAAAAUACUAGAUACGGCUAAUCAUGAAGCAGCUAGUAGGAGGAACCCCCAUGGCAUCAUUUAUAAGAGUUCAAAAACACCUGAGUUCACAGAUAUACUCUCAAUGAGCAGAAAAUUAGAUUUCGCUGCCCAUCUUGGGAAAUAAUAAGGG